AUGACUACCCAGUCUGAGGAGCUAGAGGUGCCAGAGAAAGGAGAGGUUCUUACUUCUGCUGACAACUUCUUUGAGGAAGAGAAGGAAGAGACCACAAAGUUAGUUCCAGCUGCCAAAGAAAAGAACAUUCUAUGCCCCAAGGAAGAGGACACAGUUUAUAUUCCAGAGAAACUAGGGCUUCAGACUGACAAAUAUGUAUUAGGCAGAGCUCUGAAGACAUUUACAGAAGCCCAGAAGUACUGCCAGAAGAAUUUCAAGGGCAAUCUAGUCUCCAUCCACAGUUACUACUGUAACUACAAACUCCAGAACUUAAUUGCAGGAAUUAACCAAAGGCAAGUUUGGAUUGGAGCUUUCACCACCACUAACUGGAGUUUCUUCAAAAAAUUCAGAUGGACUGAUGGGAGCAGCUGGAAUUUUUCAUACUGGGCAAUAGGCCAGCCUCUAUUUGGUUGGGGCUGAUGUGUAGCUCUGGGUGCUAAUGGUAGCUGGCGUAGGACUCCAUGCUCUCGGUCAUUGCCUUUUAUCUGUUCCCUUUGAGUCAAG